AUGCAUGGGAAUGUGUCGCCCCGACCCGAGCCCAUCGCCAUGGAAAAUGAUCCUGGUUCCGCGGGGCCGGUUGCGGUUGUGCGACUACGGUCCGAGGCGGUCGUUCGUCCAUGGACGGUUACGCAGCAAGGGUCACUCGGAGGAAUUGCUGUCGAUCCAACAUACGUGCAUGGGUUGACCCAUGCAAAUGGAGAGGUCACCUGCCAUAUUAUUGAUGAUGUCAACUUCACAGUCUAA